GAGCCGUGACCAUCCAGUGUUGGGGUCGGCACCAGAACAUGAGAUUCCUUCUGUACAAAGAUGGAAACCCGAACGCGCUGCAGGACGUGAAGCCGGCUAGGGAUAUGACUCAGUUUCCCAUCCACAAUGUGAGCCGGAAGGACGCAGGGAGCUACAGCUGCUAUUAUCGCUCCAAAUCAGACCCGCCUGUCUGGUCGUACCCCAGCGACCCCGUGGAGCUGGUGGUAGCAGAGCUCCCCGCGCCCGGACCCUCCAUCUCCGUCAUCCCCAGCGGGGUGAUCGCCCCGGGGGUAGCUGUCACCAUCCGCUGUCAGUGUCAGUGCGAGGCCAGGAGGCUAUUUCUGUACAAAGAUGGAAUUGAAAUCUCGGAGCUGGAUGCUGCUGGGGACAGGGGUGAAUUCACCAUCCCCAGAGCCAGACGGGAAGAUUCAGGGAUCUACAGCUGCCGAUCUCGCUCCAGAUCGGAGCCGCCCAACUGGUCAGAUCUCAGUGAUUACAUGCGGAUUGUUGUAGCAGAGCUCAGAUACCCCAAACCUUCCAUCUCCCUGCACCCCAGCGCAGGAGUCGCCCUGGGGGGAGCUGUGACCGUCCAGUGUCGGGGUUGGCGCCAGAACAUGAGGUUCCUUCUGCACAAAUUUGGAAACCCGAAUGUGCUGCAGGACGUGGUGCUGGCUGGGAACGUGGCUGAGUUUCCCAUUCACAAUGUGAGCCGGAGAGACGCAGGGAGUUACUGCUGCUAUUAUCACUCCAAAUCUGACCCAUCCAUCUGGUCGGAGCCCAGCGAUCCCGUGGAGCUCGUGAUAGCAGAGGGAACCGACCCAGAUGGGCUCCAGGAGCCGCAUCCACCCCCGACGGAGCCGGCGGGAGAAGCCCCCCCCAGGCACUCGGAUUUCACCCACGCUAACAUUGCUCGCCUCGCUCUGAGCGCCGUGGUCCUGCUCGUCCUGGGGCUGAUCCUGGCCGAGGGGGCUGUGAUACUGGAGCCUCCAAAUGUCCCCUCGUGGUGGGUUCAGGCGACGAAGGACCCAGGCAUGGAGUUGGUUCUGCAUAAAGCUGGACACCUGAACCUGCAGGUGCGGUCAGUGGUACCUAAAGGGAAAGUGGCUGAAUUUCCCAUCACCAGUGUCAGCCAGGAAGAUGGAGGGAGCUACACCUGCAACUAUCGCUCCAUUACGGAGUAUUCCAGUGACCCUGUCGAGAUCAUUGUAGGAGAGCCCAGCUACCCCAAACCCAACAUCUCCCUGAGCCCCAGCGGGGGGGUCUCCCUGGGGGGAGCCGUGGCCAUCUGGUGUCGGAGGCAGAGCCAGGGCGUGCGGUUCGUGCUGAAUAAAGAGGGACGUCAUUUCCCACCUGUGGAUUCGGAUGGGUUUGGGGCUGUUUUUCCCAUCAGCAACGUGAGCCGGGAGGACGGCGGGAGCUACAGCUGCUCCUAUCACAGGAGAUCGGAGCCAUUCACCGUGUCGUACCCCAGCGACCCCGUGGAGCUGGUGGUGAGAGACGCUGGUUCUAUUCCCACAGAGGGAACCGACCUGACCCAGCCUGGAGCAGUGCCGGCUCCCACCCACCCGGGCAGCACGGGGCCAGGUGAAUCACCGGUUCUGACUUGGCCUGUCAUCGCCGGGGUGAGCACAGUGGCCGCCAUCCUCCUCUUCAUCCUUGUGGCCUUCGUCUGCUUCAGAAAAAAACGAGCCAGAAAAGGAGCCGCACCGAGACCGAGCAGCGUGAGCCCCUUGCGGGUGUUGAAGGCCCCGGAUCAGCAAGACUCGAUCUACACCUCCAUCGAUGAAGAGAAAGAGCUGCAGACCCUGGAACCCAACCCUGAUGCCGACAGACUCACCUAUGCCGAGCUGGACAACCAGGUGCUGCAGGCCAAACAGGGGGCCAAGUCCCCUGCCCCGGAGCCUGCCCAGCCCAGCAUGUAUGCCAUGAUCAACGUGAACCGGGGGCCCUGUGAUGAGAGUCCCCCACAGUCAUGGGGCACUGGCCCACAGGGUGCGACAGACUUUAAGACCAGAAGGGUCCACCCGGAUCAUCUGGAGAGCGCAUCCACGUUUGAUGCUCCAGCGUCGUGCAUUGUGGGUUACCCCUCGCCCGUCUGGGAUGACGAACCGCUGCUACAGAACGGUCGGAUGCGGGAGCCCCUCCUGGGCCUGCAUGCAGAGCUCGCCCCAGCCCUGCGGCGCAAGGACACCCAGAUGAGAGACGUCUCUCGUGGAGAAGUGCCCGCGAUCGCUCUGUGGACAUUGGCGAUUCCAGACUGCUACUGGUCAGUCGUGAAUCCACAGGAAGUGGGGAAGUCGACCGCGGGGCGGCGCGGCCAGGCUGCGGCUGAGCGAGUCGAGGCGGGCGCUGUACUCCGUGAACUUCUUCUGGUAGCGCAGCGCUGUCAUCUGCAGCUCCAGCUGCACGGCCGAGAGCUGGGCCAGCAGCGACUUCUCCCGCUUGCCGGCCCGCAGCGCCUCCUUCUUCAGCUCCUUCUCCAGCCCGCCGACCUUAGCCUGCAGGCAGCUGUUGUGGCCCUGGAGGGCUUCCAGGCAGCAGUGGCCGCCGGCGCGUUGCUCCCGGUGGGUCAGCACCAAGCCGCAGCCCCGCUCGCAGAUGCCCACCGGCCUGGCCUCGCAGCUCUCCCGCAUGUGGGCGUCCACGUCGCGCCGGUUCAGCACCUCGCUGCACCCCGGGUGGCGGCAGCGGGCCGGCGAGUAGUCGCACCGCUCGGCGUGGGCGCCCAGCUGCUGCAGCUUCACCACUUGCCCGCAGCCCCGGGCGUGGUGCUCGCACUUGAUGUCCAGCUUGAGGAUAAGGCUCUUGAGCGGCAGGACGUGGUUGAGCUCCUUGGUGGAGAUGCGCUGGCACUGCACCGGGCAGCUGCCCUGCUGCACGACCCAGGGCAGCACGCAGCCCGCGCAGAACACAUGGCCGCACGGGGUGUUACCCCUCGCCCGGUCUGGGAUGACGAACCGCUGCUACAGAACGGUCGGAUGCGGGAAGCCCCCUCCCUGGGCCUGCAUGCAGAGCUCGCCCCAGCCCUGCGGCGCAAGGACACCCAGAUGAGAGACGUCUCUCGUGGAGAAGUGCCCGGCGAUCGCUCUGUGGACAUUGGCGAUUCCAGACUGCUACUGGUUGAGCUUUGGGGUGUUGGUGGCAGCGCUGAGGGGUCCGUCGCUGCCCUCAUCAUGGCAUCUGCUCUCACCAUCCUCCUCCUCAGCUGCUGGCUGGCCGGGCACAAUGGGGUGUGGGGAGAGCCCAGCUACCCCAAACCCAGUAUCUCCCUGCUGAGCCCCAGUGGGGAGGUCUCCCUGGGGGAAACUGUGAGCAUCUGGUGUAAGAGACAGCGCCAGGGCCUGCGGUUCGUGCUGAAUAAAGAGGGACGUCAUUUCCCACCUGUGGAUUCGGACGGGUUUGGGGCUGUUUUUCCCAUCAUCAACGUGAGCAGGGAGGACGGUGGGAUCUACAACUGCUCCUAUCACAGCCAAUCCGAGCCGUUCAACAUGUCAUACCCCAGUGACCCCAUGGAGCUGGUGGUGAGAGAUCCCAGCUUAACCAGACCCAACAUCUCUCUGAGCCUCACUGGGGUCAUGGCCCCAGGAGCAGAUGUCAUCAUCUGGUGUCAGGGGCAGCGCCGGGACGUGAGGUUCUUCCUGCACAAGGCUGGAGACCUGAACUUGCAGCAACAGAUGGACCCUACUGGGGCCGGGGCCGUGUUCCGCAUCCCCAGCGUGGGCCGGCAGCACGGAGGGAGCUACAGCUGCAGCUACCGGCCCCAGUCAGAGCCCUUUGUCUCCUCGCAGCCCAGUGACACCGUGCAGCUGGUGGUAGCAGAGCCCACUCUGCCCAAACCCUCCAUCAGCCCCAGCAGGGAGGUCUCCGUGGGGGGAUCUGUGUCCAUCCAGUGUCUGGGGCUGCGCCCGGGCGUGCGGUUCGUGCUGAAUAAAGGGGGACGCCAUGCUGCACAUGUGGAUACGGACAAGUCGCAGUUUGUGUUUCCCAUCAACAAUGUGCAGUGGGAGCAAGGCGGGAACUACAGCUGCUCCCAUCACAGCAGAUCGGAGCCGUUCACCGAGUGGAGUGACCCUGUGGAGCUGGUGGUGAGAGCAGCCCCCCUGGGGUACCCAGAUUUCAUCAACAUCAACAUUGCCCACCUGGUGCUGAGCGCUGUGGUCCUGCUCAUCCUGGGGCUGAUCCUGGCUGAGGCCUAUUACAGCCGCCCGAGGGGGGCACCCUAGGAGCCUGGAUCUGGCCGCGCAAGGAAGCUAAUAUCCUGGGGGACGAGCUGCUUCCCCAUGGGGUGCUGAGACGCCGGCACAACCCCCCCUGCCCCCAAACACCCCUGCCUCAGAGAAUCCUCCCCCACAACAGCUCCUGACCUGACAGCAACUCCCCAGGAUUGAACCCUCAAUGCCAUGUGUGACGUUGCACUUCUUAUUUUUAUGGAAAUAUGCUGAUGGGUGUGAAUAUAAUGUAACUGGAAUAUGCUUUAAGCAAAAGCUCUCUUGUAAGGUAUCAUUACAAAGCUUAUGAUCUACUGAGCGUGGCCAUCCUGUUUGGAUGAAUGUAUCUUUCUUGUAUCUAAAACUAGAAAUGUGAAGUUAAUUCUGAGGUUCUCUUGUAGUUAUGCAAAGCAAGGGCCAUUAAUGGUGAUUUAGAGUCUUGAUGGCUCCCAUUGACUAGGACAAUGGCUGUAGAUGGCUCUGUUUUCCUGAGCCUCCACUGCCUACCUGCAGGCCAGUCCUGAAAGAAGGGAGGGGCUCAUGGGACAUGUGAACAUGUCACCUGAUACUGGAAUCCAUCUUUAACCUGCUGCUUUUCCAUUUAGAGGGAGGGCUGGGAA